CAACAAAACAAAUGAAAAUCAAAAUGAUCGAUGAUAGAUGAGAAAUUAAGUUCACUGUUUUUGUUUUGAAAAAGACGUAAACGUGAACAUUGCGUAUUUUUGUUAAUUCAGAAAGGUCGGACUUUGUUAAUUUUGAGAUAUGGCGUUGAAUAAGAAAAUGCAUCCAAGAAACCCUUACAAAACUCAACCAAGCUUCAAAGAUUUGGCUGUUAAAAAUGAGGAGUUUAGACUGCAUGCCACCAUUGAUAUAAGUGGGAAAGUAUCAAUUGACUUUAAGAAAGCAGAAACUAUACGGGCACUUACAAGGGCUCUCCUGAAAGAAGAUUGGAAUUUGGAUGUAACUUUGCCUAAAGAGUAUCUUGUACCAACCGUGCCAUUACGCCUCAAUUACAUUCUGUGGAUUGAGGAUUUAGUUGCUGCCCUUAAAUUAGAAGAUACUGGGAGCCCAGUUUAUGGCAUCGACAUAGGUACUGGAGCUUCGUGUAUCUAUCCUUUGUUAGCUUCUCGAAAAAAUGGAUGGAAUAUGAUUGGAGUUGAAAAGGAUAAUACAUGCUUAAAUCAUGCUCAACAAAAUGUGCUUCACAAUAAACUAGAAUCACUUGUAAAAGUAUGUAAAAAUGAUGGUGAGAUGAUAAUUGACACCAGUGUCAUGGAUGGUGCAUUUGAGCCCAUGCCAACCUACUUCCAUUUUACCAUGUGCAAUCCUCCAUUCUUUUCAUCUGAAGAAGAGCUUGAAAAGACUCACAAAAGCCGGUCUGCUAAUUCUCCUAGACCACCACCUAAUAAUGCACGAACUGGGUCUGCAAAUGAAGUUGUUGUUGAAGGUGGAGAAGUUGCAUUUGUUCAUAAGAUGAUAGAUGAUUCCCAGCAAGCUAAAGACAAGAUAAGGAUUUUUACUACGAUGUUAGGACACAAGUCCAGUGUCUCCAAAGUUUUGAAGUAUUUGAAGGAAAAAAAUAUAUCUGAAAUAGCUUCAACAGAAUUUUGUCAGGGGCACACCACAAGAUGGGGUAUUGCAUGGAGUCACGUAGAAAAGCUUACGUGCGAAUCACUCUCUGCUGACAACUUUGUUGACCAGAAGAAACAAAAAUCAAAACCUCCAGUACGCCAUGUUUUGCCAACAUCAAAUUGUGCCUUUAAAACAUUUGAUUCUUUGAUGGAAAAAGUUAAGAUCCUGCUAAAAAAUUUAGAUCUGCAAUUCAGGUGUGUAAUAAAGGAUGUCAAAUCCAUUGGAUAUCAAGUUACAGCUCUUAACAAUACAUGGUCAAACCAGAGAAGGAAACGAAGGGACGAGCAACGUAUGAUCAAAAAAGUAGGUCAACCUUCUGAAGACUCAUCGUCCACCAAGUGUACAAACUCACAGACUGAACAGAUUACUGAAGUUCCGACUAGCCAUGGGACCAACAGCAGCACUGAUCUAACUGAUGAGCCACCAUUGAAGAAAGCCAAACUAACAGAGUCUGUCCCAUUGUUAGUAUUUGGUUUUAUAAUUCGUGAAGAAGAAACAGAGGGAGAUAGCAAUUCUUACGUCUUCGAAAUGAGCUGGCUACAUGGAAGUGGCGGUAAAGAUCUUAUCCAUCAAGUCAUGCAAUAUGUGAAAAAUAAUCUAAAGUAAGGUGAGCACUCAAGAGAAAAGUGAAAAAUAAACACUCCUAUUUCAUUGGUUACCCAACAAA